GUUUGUGCAAGUUCCUGCCUACUGCUUCCUCCCUGUAGAGGAGGAAAAAACUACUACUACUUGACAAGAAAAGCUAAGGUUGGACGAUAACAACGACAGUCAAAGUAUCUGUAGGACCAAAAAUUGGAAGGGCCAUCACGGCAGGCCUGAAAGCAGAACGCGUUAUCAUGGUUGAAAACGGCUUCGCAAAGCCUCUUGGGUUAGUUUUAAUCGUCACAGCUCACAUGGUUUUCUAUGACCCCAGCCAUGCAGAUGUCAUUGGGACCGUCGGCCAAAACAUCUCACUUCACUUCAAAUUUAACACUACCAUCACAUAUAAGAGUCACAUUGCUGUCUAUAGAUGUUUAGGAAAGCAAAGAAAAAUCUCUGAAUAUCCAUACUACAAAAAUGAAUUUAAAAUUUACCCUGAAGAUUCUUCCAUACAAUUUCACAUCACCAAUCUGAGCCUAAACCACAGUGAAACUUACUGGGCCAUUUUGGUCAUGGAUUUAUCAAAAAUACAUAGCACAAAUGAAGUGAAGCUGAUUGUUCAAGAGGAGUACCUAACCACCACAGUUCCUCCAGAGACGAGCACCUUUACCAAAACAACUAACAAUGGAAGUUCCAGUUUCUUUUCCUCUCAGAUUGUCACAGUUAUUGUGGUUUCUCCAUUUCUUCUGCUAGCUGCAUUGCUUCCAUUCUUGGUUAUUUGUCUUCCAAAACCAAAAGACCAAACACAAGAAGGACGUCAGAGAUCCUCAACUCCUACAACACAGGAAACAGUUGAAGUGACAGUUAGUACGACUGACCAGUCACUGGUCUACAGCGUCCUGGACUUCCCAAAGAGACCCCCAUCAGCUGUGGAGUUGGGCUCCAAUGAGACAGAGUACGCCACAGUCAGCUACCUCCCAGAAAAGAAGCUGAGGCCCAACACCAAUAAAUGAACGAGUGUAAAUCUUCAGAUCCUUUUCAGUUUCAGGAAAAGACUUUAAUACCCCAGAAUCUAAUAAUAUAUAUUCUUGUAUGUAUGAUAAAUUGUGUUUUGACUGUCUUUACACAUUUUACAAUAUUAGUCCGUGGAACCAAUUUUUGUAUGAAAGACAGCACUGUGUGUGUGGUGAUCAGCACACAAAUGUCAAGAGUUACUGUAACAAACCACAAAUAUCAACCUCACCCAACUAUUUCCUCGAAGCGAAUAGUUUUGUUUCUGGCGAAACUGGCAAAAUUUGAUCUUUACUUUAUUGUUAUGAGAAACUAGCGCAGCUAGAAAUAUGCUUGAAAUAAUGUUAAUGCAUCAAAAUGGUGUUCCUUGUAUAACUGAUGAAAUAUUGCCCACUCUAUCUGGAAACAGACAAAUUUGUUGGGGCCGGAGAACAGAGUAAACAAACAACAAAAAAACACAUUUAUAAAAUCAGCUGUUAUUGCAGAAACAUAACCUUGAAAAGAUUAGAAACCUUGAAAUGAUAAACAUUGAGAACAAUCAAUUUAGUAUCUUUGUUCAAUAGGAGGUUGGGAUCCCAAUUUAAGAAAUUAAUAGCACAAUUGUUGACAAUACUUUAUACAGCAGCCCCCUUUUACCAACAGGAGAGCAUUCAGUAUUCUCUUAUAAAAUUUCACAAAGUAAAAACAUGCAGGGAUAGGGACCUGUUUCUAGUUCUAUAAUGUUUCUAGAAAAAGAACUGCUUCAGCAUUCUGGCAGAGUCCACCAGAUAUUUAUUGAUAUCUUCUUGUACGGGAGUCCGGUGUGUUGGAGCAGGGAUGCAUUCAAACGUUGCAAGACAGUAGCACUAGCAAACUGCAAUUUAUGACCUGUAUUGUCUCUAGAGUUGGCAAUUAUUACUGAGUGUUUAUAACGUCUUGCACUCUUGCUACAUGUUCCAAGCUUCUGGAGGAACAACAAGCAUACAGCAUCCCACAUCAUCCAUCAUGCUUCUCCUUGUAUUCAUUGGCAGUAAGCGCUCGGCUUGAAGUGGCUCAAUCUUGGUAACAUCUGACAGAAUUCCAAUUAAAGUUUCUGCUGCAUUAGGCAAAAACAUGUUUGUGUUUUGCAGAUAAAGAAUUAACACGUAGAUAAAAUCUUGUGGUUAUCUAGGCGAUGUCUUUGCUGCAGCUCUGAAACAGUGAGCUCUGAAAUAGCAGCUUUACUUCCAUGGCAUGUUCUCUUGUUGCUUGCAUUUGUAAGCGUCACCAAAAGAUGGGCUUUUUGGUCGUGUCAUAAGCAUACCCCGAAAAAUAAGAAGACAUGGAGGAGAGGUUAAGUUUUAUAAGAAAAUCUAUUUGAGUUUAUUUACAUUCAUUUUCACACUGUUAUUGGGUUAUACUGUACAAUAAUAGAGUAAUAAUAUUUCCUAGCAUGGGAUCCUUACUAUCUUUAAUAAAUACAAAACUAUAAAUACUUUUGAUUUUAAGACAUCGUUAAGGAUUUGUCAACAUCCAAUCUAAAAGUCAGUAAUUAAAUCCCUUUUUAAUCAUUGGUAUUGCAUUUUUUCACUGUUUUACUCAUCACCUCAAGGGCUCUUGGGUAAAAUGAAACCAUUUUAAGAACACAAUUCAAGUGUACAGAAUCACAGAUCAGCCUUGUCAGCUUUAAAAGUGUGAGUUUCCCCUGCUCCUCUGUAUCCACAGCAGUUUGUAUGUAUGCAGCCACAAUCUGACACUAUCUUACUGUCAAUUUCCCCUAGGACGGUCUUGAAAGUUCUCUGAUCCCUGGUGCUAAUUUGCUUAUCUCAUUUUUGUGAAUCUCUUUGUCAUAUAGUGACUGCUGUUGUGGAUGUGUGAUGAUACUUAUGUGUUAGUGGAAAACAAGUAAAUUGACCUUGAAUCCUGGAUUCAAGGUCAGGAUUCAAGGUUAUUUUUCAAAAGGGUUAUUUUUCAGAAGGGGAAGUAUGUGGUCUCAAAAACUGCAAAUAAUGCAUUUGUUUAUUUUUCUUCUUGAUCAUGGGAGAUUAUUUUUUCUCUUACGGCUACAAUAAACUCAAAUAGGACAGUGAGAAUGUAUUCCUAGAUUUGUAAAGCUCAGUUUUUCAAACUGCCUUUAAUAAAGCUGCUGUUUCCAAUUA